CCCAGCUCUACCAAGACCUGAACCGGAUCUGGCUCGUCCCCACACACAGACUCUUGCGUCUGUCAUCAUUGUUGCACGUGCCCACUCACCUACCUUUGCAUCGCCUACUCCACGCUGCUGGCCCCCAUAAAGGCCGCCGCUGUGCACUUGAAUUCCCAUUGAAUUGAAAUUGAAAGCGCUGUGUUGAAUUAGUUCUCCCACUUGCACAUAACUCUCCGUACUACGCCGCAAAGCAUCAACGGCAACCGCUUUCCCCCUCUGCCUCGCCUCUCCACCAUUACCAUUCACAAUCCCUCUUCUAUCUUCUCAUACGCCAGCCUCCUCCAGUAAGCAACUUGUACAGAGAAUGGCUGGCUCUUCGUUUUCCUCCGAGACGGAGCAAUUCUCCGAUGUGCGAGAUACUGCCGAUGUGAACAAGGAGGACCAGAGGCAUGAGGAGCAAGGCCACGAGCAUGAGCUCAAAAAGUACUACAUUGGUUCCAUUGACCAGGGUACAACAAGUUCGCGCUUUAUCAUUUUUGACGCCACUGGAACGCCUGUUGCAAUGCACCAACUUGAGUUUGAGCAGAUCUACCCUCACUCUGGAUGGCAUGAGCAGGAUCCGUACGAAAUCCUUCAAUCGGUCGAGACCUGCGUUACCAAGGCCACUGAGGCCUUCGUGGCAAAGGGCCUCUCGGUCUCACAUAUCAAGGCAAUUGGCAUUACGAAUCAGCGUGAGACCACGAUUUUGUGGGACUCGGAAACUGGAAAGCCCCUCUAUAAUGCCAUCGCUUGGCCAGAUACUCGAACCCUUCACAUAGUGCAGGAACUGAAGAAAAAGGAAGGCGCAGAUGAGGUUGCUACUCUUUGUGGGUUGCCAAUUUCUAGCUAUCCGUCUUCGGUGAAGUUGGUCUGGCUUAUUCGCCACUGCGAAAAGGUUCGCGAGGCGUACGAAGCUGGCCGUCUCAUGUUCGGCACUGUGGACUCAUGGUUGAUAUACAACCUGAAUGGCGGUCCGGAACGCAAUAUUCACAUCACCGAUGCCACCAAUGCCUCGCGAACCAUGUUUGCAAACCUCAGCUCUCUCCAAUAUGACGACAAGCUCUUGGACUUCUUUGGCAUUGACCGGAACAAGGUCCGGCUUCCCCGGAUCAUUCCAUCGUCUGACAGAGAGGCGUUCGGCUCAAUAUCCAGGGGGCCACUGAAGGGUGUUCCGAUCACGGGCUGUCUUGGAGACCAGUCAUCUGCAUUGGUUGGCCAGUGUGCCUUUGAGCCCGGUAUGGCCAAGAACACGUACGGCACUGGCUGUUUCCUGCUCUACAACGUCGGCGACAAGCCUGUGAUCUCAAAACAUGGUCUUUUGGCUACAGUUGCCUAUGACUUUGGCGGCAGCCAUGGCCCCGUUUAUGCACUGGAGGGAAACGUCGCCGUUGCUGGCAGCGGUGUCAAAUUCCUCAUGAACAACAUGGGAUUCUUUAGAGACUCUUCAAAGAUUAGUGAAGUCGCGCUCUCCGUCGAAGACAGCGGUGGUGUUAUCUUCGUUACUGCGUUCAGUGGUCUUUUUGCACCCUACUGGAUCGAUGAUGCAAAGGGCACAAUGUUCGGCAUCACACAACAUACCAAACGUGGCCACAUUGCUCGCGCAACGCUAGAAGCCACCUGCUUUCAAACAAGGGCUAUUCUCGAGGCAAUGGAAAAGGACAGUGGCCAUAAACUCUCGCAGCUCGCUGUUGACGGAGGCAUGUGCAAUUCGGAUAUCUGCAUGCAGACACAAGCUGACAUUAUCCGAAUUCCUGUCGAUCGUCCUUUUAUGCGCGAAUCCACAGCCCUUGGAGCCGCAAUUGCUGCCGGAUAUGCGGUUGGUCUUUGGACCGAAUACAAAGAGUUGAUGCGCAUCAACCGUGCCGAUCGAACAAUAUUCAAGCCUCAAAUCACACAGAAAGAAAGCGAGAAGAUGUAUAAGCGGUGGGGCAAGGCUGUCGAAAUGUGCCGAGGCUGGAUUGAUACCACUGACGACAACAAUGACGAUGACGAUGUUUAACGACGAAAACGAGCAAAAUUUUGGGAGUACGGCAUGGUAAUCUUCUUCACCGGUAUAUAGCCCUUUUUUUUUUUUCUAUCUUCUCUUCUUUGCCUGGGGAGAAAUGUUGCUUCUGAGGGUCUCUCAAUCAUGUAUAUCAUUGUCCGCAGAUACCCGUGGGACAUGUGUAUAUUAGGAUUUUCUUUGUUCUCUCGGCGUAGAUACGAGUGCAUAAUAAUCAAUGUAGUAUACUCUAAUAGCAGCUCCUUGCUUCAUUCCUGUGCGGAUUGUCCAAGGCCUUUUUGGCAAGGGCCUUGUAAAGCGAUACACUCUCCCUAGUGGUUAUGAAGGCACCAGGAUAGGAACAUGCAUGCUUCUAGUUGCUUUCCCUAACCGGAGAGUUUGGGCCGUUGCAACCUCCAAAUAGAACAGCAAAACCCUGCAUGAAUUUGACCAAAUUCAAUACGUUACCUCCACCUGA